AUUCUAUAAAAUUAUGAGUGUUGUUCUAGUUAUCCUACGGUUACAAUUUUCUUCCUAUUACUCUACAGUUAUAAUUUCAUUUCAAGAUACGGUUAUGAGAGUUCGAUGACCAGUGGAUAGCGGACCACCAUGGACUACCUGCAGACGUGCCUCAUCUUCUACCUAUUGAUCCUCUGUUUCUGCGGAGGACGAACCAUAGACAUAUCACAAUGCAUCGCACCCCUGGGGAUGGAAUCUGGUGCGAUUCCCGAUGCAGACAUCACAGCGAGUUCGAGUUUCGAUAGCGGAAACGUCGGGCCGCAUCACGGACGGCUGAGGCAAGAGAGCCACGGAGGUGCCUGGUGCCCGAAGCAGCAGAUCACGACGGAACCGCGCGAGUGGUUGGAAAUCGAUCUUCACACGGUCCACAUGAUCACCGCCACCGGCACUCAGGGACGCUUCGGCAACGGCCAAGGCGUCGAAUACUCGGAGGCGUACAUGUUGGAGUACUGGAGGCCGAAGCUCGGCAAGUGGGUUCGAUACAGGGACGUUCGGGGCGAGGAGGUGAUCAAAGGGAACACGAACACCUACCUGGAGUCGAAGCACGAGUUAGAGCCGCCGAUGUGGGCGAGUAAAGUUCGCUUCUGGCCGUACAGCUAUCAUCGUCGUACCGUUUGCAUGCGGGUAGAGUUGUACGGUUGCCCGUGGAACGACGGGAUCGUCUCGUACUCGAUGCCGCAGGGCGACAAACGCGGCAACUGGGAGUUCUUCGACGCGACUUACGACGGUUACUGGGACGGCCAGCUUCUGCGCGGCUUGGGACAGCUGACGGACGGCAAGAUCGGGCCGGAUAACUUCAAGAUGAGUUACUAUGAUUACGACAGAGGUCAGGGAUGGGUCGGAUGGAGGAACGACACCAGGUCCGGUCAUCCUCUCGAGAUCAAGUUCGAGUUCGACCACGUCAGGGAGUUCUCCGCCGUGCACAUAUUCUGCAACAAUCAAUUCACCAAGGACGUACAGGUGUUCUCGGAGGCCAGUAUAAUGUUCAGCGUCGGUGGUAGAUAUUACACGGGGGAUCCGAUCGUGUACUCGUACAUGGAGGACAGGAUAUUCGAGCAUUCGAGAAACAUCUCAAUCAAGCUGCACCAUCGGAUUGGCAAGUUCGUUAAACUGAGGUUCGGCUUCGCCUCGCGGUGGAUCAUGAUCAGCGAGAUCACUUUCGAUUCUGAUAUCGCUCAUGGAAACUUCACACCUGAAUCGCCGACUACGACGGAAGUCCCGAGACUGAGGGAUCGAAUCUCAGCACGUGACAAUCCUCUGCAAGCUGAGGUUCCAGUGGUGAAGCAAGACGAUCCGACGUACAUGGCCGUGAUCAUCGGUGUCCUGACCGCGGUGAUCCUGUUACUCGCUGUCGCGAUUUUCUUGAUCGUCACGCGACACAGGCAACGCAAGAACUUUGCGAGUCCUCUCGGAACGAAGAGUGCGAUCCCGUCAAGCAAUCAUCAACACCUGUCGCCGGAAUCCGCGUAUGGGACCACGGAAAAGGAUCCGUCGUUGAUGACGUACAGAGUGGAGGAACUCGACGACCGGUACGCCGGAACAAAACUGACGACGCUGCCCCGCGACUUGAACGAUCGCUUGCUCGGUGACGUCAGGCUGGACGAGUAUCAGGAACCCUUCUACGAGAACAAGCACCGAGAACCGCCUCACGCCGCUUACUACGGAUACAGCACCGUUGUUAUAGACAACAAGGACCUCCACGACAACGUCGAGCAGUCUGAUGCCACCUACGACUAUGCAGUGCCGAUGCCCGUGCCUAGCGUGAGCAGCGAUCAGGACAGCGUGUUCUCCAAGUCAUCAUCGAGGGGUAGCGCGAAGGCGUGCUUGCAGAGCUUUUUCCCACCACCACCGCCCCCGAUGAGCGCGCCGCCCCCACGAGGCUCCAGUAAUCUGACGUACUCGAACCCGCCGAGCCCGGAGCCAGUUUGCGAGCGCGAGCGCAGAGGAAGCAAGCGCCGCGAACACUCCUUGCACAGAUACGGGUAAGGACAAGCUUCAUCCUCUGGAAUGUACGCGGCACGCCGCUGGAUCCAAGGUACGACACAGCAUUUCGUGCUCCACCUCUUGAGAGAUCGACCGAUUGAUCCAAAGUCUUCAGCAUCCAUAGAUCCCUCGUUCGCUAUUACUGUGUACAUCAAACCUAUUUUCGAUCUUCCACUUUACGAAUCUCACGUCGCGACGAUUACGUGAAUCAUUUGGAGCACCAUGCUGAUCAAUUUUGUAAACUUCUAUGAGUAUUAUUUUCGAAAGUUUAUGCGUAGUCAUUUACACUGCCUCCUGUAACAAACGAAGCUCUAAUAAUUGAAACGUUCAAUAUAAAUGGUGUUCAAACGAGUAACGAAAUUAAUCUUGUUGUUCUUCUACUUGUAUCUUUCCAAGCGUUUCUCCUUUUCUACGGUAUCUCAUUUAAGGAAAUAAAUGGCGGGAUAUAUGUGAAAUAUUGAAACGAAAUGUUUGAAAAUUGUAUGUAUUUUAAUAACCUGCUUGUUGAACCAUAAUAUCCAUUUCGAGUCACGUAGACUCUAGAAGAACAACAGGAUUGAGGACUUUACGUAAGACAGAAUUGAUCAGUUUGCAUUCUGAGAGACUCGUACCGCAUACAUACGUUUCAUCUUCAAAAAUUCAAUACUGGAAAAUCGCUCGAUCCGAAAGAGAGAGGCAAGUGCUCAGACAUGAAGACUUAGUGAAAAAUUGGGGCGCCAUGAAGCGUCGAAACGAAGCGGAAGAAGAAGACGUGGAAGAGGAGACGAUGAGAGAUCGAGUUUGAGCGCAACCGAGGCAAAGAUUUUUUUUUUUCUUUUUUUUGUUCGCGCCACAACUCUCGAGCGGUCCAAUUAAAGAG